AUGGCACCCCAUUCUCAGCCUCGCAAAAUUGAAGAAAUCAAAGACUUUCUGCUCACAGCCCGGAGAAAGGAUGCAAAAUCUGUCAAGAUCAAGAAGAACAAAGACAAUGUGAAAUUCAAGGUGCGCUGUAGCCGGUAUCUCUACACUUUAGUCAUCACAGACAAGGAGAAGGCUGAGAAACUGAAGCAGUCCCUGCCACCAGGUUUGGCCGUGAAGGAGCUGAAAUGAACCAGCCGUGCCCAGAGCUUUUCCCAUGUGCGAUAAUAAAAGAGGGGACUGUU